CAAAAUGUCAGAAAGAUCAGACAUUCUUCACUUCAAAUUUGACAAUUAUGGGGAUUCGAUGUUACAGAAAAUGAACAAACUGAGGGAAGAAAACAAAUUUUGUGAUGUUGUGGUCCACAUAGAUGACGUUGAAGUUCAUGGGCAUAAAAUUGUAUUUGCUGCUGGCUCUCCCUUCUUAAGAGAUCAGUUCUUGCUCAAUGACUCCAGAGAUGUAAAGAUCUCUAUACUGCAGAGUUCGGAAGUGGGGCGGCAGCUGCUUCUCUCCUGUUACAGCGGCACUCUGGAGUUUCCUGAAAUGGAACUGGUCAACUACUUGACUGCCGCAAGCUUUCUGCAGAUGAGCCACAUCGUGGAGCGAUGUACGCAGGCCCUCUGGAAGUUUAUAAAACCGAAGCAGCCGUUGGAGAGCAAGGAGUGUGAACAGCAAAGCGACUCAUCUGAGCUGAAGGAACAUCAAGGAGAUGAUGACUCUCUGCAGCAAGAUUCACCUUGUAUCCAGCCUUCCGAAGACAGUAUGGAUAUGGAGGAUAGUGAUAUUCAGAUCAUCAAGGUGGAGUCCAUUGGGGAAGUCACAGAAGUUAGGAAUAAGAAGGAUCAGAACCAGUUUAUUUCUUCUGAACAAACUGCACUGCAUUCCUCAGAGCCUCAACACUUUCUUAUCAACUCCACUGUUGAAAACAGAGCAAGUGAAAUAGAGCAAAACCACCUCCACAACUAUGCCCUUUCGUAUGCGGGCAGUGAUAACAUCAUUUUGGCCUCUAAAGAUAUGUUUGGCCCUAACAACCGAGGUAUAGACAAAGGCCUCCAGUGGCACCAUCAGUGCCCAAAGUGCACAAGAGUGUUUCGGCAUCUGGAAAACUAUGCUAAUCACUUGAAGAUGCACAAACUAUUCAUGUGUCUACUCUGUGGCAAGACAUUCACUCAGAAAGGCAAUCUCCACCGGCACAUGAGGGUGCACGCAGGCAUCAAACCGUUCCAAUGUAAGAUCUGUGGGAAAACAUUCUCCCAGAAAUGUUCCUUACAGGACCAUCUCAACCUGCACAGUGGGGACAAGCCCCAUAAGUGUAACUACUGUGACAUGGUUUUUGCGCAUAAACCCGUUCUGAGGAAACAUCUUAAACAGCUACACGGUAAAAAUAGCUUUGACAAUGCCAAUGAAAGAAACGUUCAAGACAUAACAGUGGACUUCGAUUCAUUCACAUGUAGCGCUGCUACAGACAGUAAGGUCUGUCAGCAAGCUGAUGCAAGCCAGGUACUGGAUGCAGGGAAGCUGCCUCAGGCUGUGCUCAGUUUAAGAAAUGAUAGUACCUGCGUUAAUUAAGCAAUUAAAAACAGCCCUUUGUAGGGAUCGUGACUCUGAGGAGCGAACAGUUGGUUUGGGCUCUUACCUAGACUAGUGGUAUGCCCUGAAAGGCUACGGAUGGAUGGAUGGCAGGUUGGAUUGCAAAAUUUGGCAGGUCCUCAGCCAUCAUUCUUAGUCUUACUUGGUAUUUUCUGUGAAUAGCGAUCUUCCUUCAGGUUUCUGUCUGUGUCUCUACUGUGGAUUAUGGGGUUAAUUGUUUCAUUUCUCUCUGAUUAGGAGACUCAAGACUAACACCUUUUGAAAGACUGUUGCUGUGGGCUGCAAGUAAACCAUCUGCUGUACAGUUAGAGGCCUCUGUGUGUUGGGCAGAUGGAGGAAAGAGCAAAGAGGACAAGUCUGUGAGAUAACCUGAUUACCUUUUUUUUUUUUUUUUUUAAGCACUGGAUAACUGAAAUCACUCCAUAUAGCUAAAUUUAAAUUUACCUCUUAAAAUUAUCUUUCUCUGAUCUUAACCCUAGACUUCUACAGUUGAAAUGAAGUAUUUUUGUGUCACUUUUUUUUCCCUUUCUAUACUAUUUCAAGAAGCUUCUGCUGCCAAUCAAUGCUAUCUUAAAAGCUCUCAGGGUUUUUAACCUCAGCAUUAUGCAUUAUGAAAAGAUAAAACCCUAAACGAUUUGGCAGGGUUAGCUGAUGAUGGCAUGGAGCUGUUCAAAGGGAGAAUAAAUUGCAUCUCUGGAAUGUGAGAGGCUGGUGCCUGGAGUGCAAGUAUGACCUAUUUCUUAUGCUGUCAUACCUAGGAUUUUUAAAGGGCACUUAGCAGUCUGUGUACUGAGACAAGCUAACCACUUCAAAACUAAAAAUUAUCAUCCAUCUUCCAUAAAUUUUGCAUCACAUAAGCCACAACAGUUGCUGGGUUUAGAGCAAAGCUGGAGUGGAGAAAUACUGCUUUUAGACACUGUGAAAAGAAUCUGUUUUAAAAGCUGCAGUGUAUAACAACUCCAUGCUUUGCCUUUUUUUAUUUCCUCUUAGUUCUUGUAUAUCUCACCGUGAUGUCUAGGAAGGGCCACAUGUCAGUUAACUUGAAAAAAAGAACAAUACCUGUCAUCAGGACAAACAACAUAACGUUUUUUUAUUUCCUGGACAUUCAAAGAACACUUAUUUUUUUAUGUGACCUGCAUAGUUUGUGACCAUUAGUGUUUUACAGGAUGAGGAUUAGGUAGCACAGUUUCUGUAGGUUAAUAUAUCAGCUAUUGACUGUACUCAGCAAUACCUCUUGUAUACCGCCUUAAACAUCAAAUGUAGCGGGAAUGGCAUGUUAAUUGGGGUUCUGGGAUUAUACCUAUUGCUUCUCAAAAGUGCCGUGGAAUUAUCCGUAUCCCAAUCAGGCUGAAAGGAACUAAUUUAUCUGAGGAACACCAUUCCCAGUAGAACAGCACUCUUAUUACAAUGAAGUGUAGCAUAGACUAAUAAUCAAAUGGCUGAUCCUCGGUAGGGAACUGCUGUUUGUGUUUGGAAUAAGUAUUUCUUCCAGCGCAGCUCUUUUCCACAAGGUUUGCCAUGAGGCUGAGAUAUGCUUCCUACCUAAUAGUAGUACUGUUUGUGUGUUUGAGUGAGGGGGUGGGGGCGAAAGGCUGCUAUUGUAUGGUUUAAAAUGCUAAACAGGUAUGACCAAAGGUGUGUUAGAGCAAAAAAUGUUUUGUAUGUAAUUAUCAAAAGUUGGUCUUGAUCUUCAGCUGUGUGUGUGUAGAAGCCAGGAUUUCUUUAUGCAGACGUUACACUGAUGGACGAUAAAAUGCAUUAAUGUUGCAGAACGUUUUCAGAAAUCCACAUUUUUUCAAGUAGAAAAGCAAGGUGAUUCUGUGAAUCAGUUUUUGCAAUUGAGUUCUUAAACUACUGUACUUGACUGUUACAUGAGCUGUUACAUGGACAGCUGUGAAGUAAGCAAUGGAAAUAGAGUCAGGGCAUUACAUCCUUCAAGUUGUAGCAAAUAGAUUUAGGCCUGAAGUCGAACUAUUUGAAACUUUUAAAAAUUAUUGUUCAGGUUCGUAGGGCAGAAAAUAAGUUUGCAUGGAAAGGAAAACUGUUUUUCCUCUUAAAGCCACCCACUUUCAGAAUUGUUUUGAGUUAAAACUGACCAUGACGUUUGCAUCUGACACUUGCAUU